AUGGCUCAAAAUAAACAGCGACAGCAGAAGGAGAAGAAGGAAUGCUGGUCCAAUAAGCCUCAAGCAUGCCUUUCUCUCUUGUCUAGUCAUCAUUCUUCUCCUUUUAACGUGAAGGCUGCUGUUGUUGUGUUUAGGAACUCACGCUUGUCAAGACCAGGGAAGCUCACCACUCUCCAGCUCUAUAGUAGUAGCCAAAUUGAUCAAAACACAGGAAGAGGCAAGCUUAGUGAAGAGAGAAAUCUCAAGGAAGGAAAGAAUACAAAGCAUGGAAGUAUACCUACUAUCACUUAUCGUGUGAGUUUUAGCCUAUGUGAAGACUUUGGAGUGCUGGGAGCCAUUCAAGUGAAGAACGGUGAUCGAAAUGAGUUCUUCCUCCACUCAGUGACUGUCAUGUUCAUCGAUGAUCUUGGUAACUGGUCCCAUAAAGCCCAGUUUGACUGUCGGUCUUGGGUCUACCCGGUGAGGCUAACCAAUGUUGGUCGCCUCUUCUUUUCCAUAACAAGCUACUUGCCGAGGCAGACGCCAGAAGCAUUACAGAAGCUACGACAGGAAGAGCUUGUGUGCUUAAGAGGAAAUGGAAGGGGAGAGAGAAAGGAGUGGGAGAGAAUAUAUGACUAUGCUUACUACAAUGAUUUAGGUGAUCCAAGCAAAGGCAUAGCGCAUGAACGACCUGUUCUUGGAGGAUCAAAAUCCUAUCCUUAUCCUCGUCGGAUUAGAACUGGCCGCCCUCUUAGUGACAAAGAUCAUCAAACAGAAGAAAGACAAAAGAUCAUAAACUUAGACUUCUAUGUUCCACCAGACGAGCGAUUUAGUCCAACAAAGCUCUCCGAGUUCAUUUCCAGCUCUAUCCAAGCAGUAAUUCACUUCGUGCUUCCAGAGCUCACGUCUUUAUUGAAAGGAUCAAAUAUCAUUAACUUUGAAUCUUUUGAUCAAAUCUCGAAAGACCUUUACACUAGAAGGAAUGUUCAAAGUCGACAAGCAAAUAUUGAGCGCAUCGUUCUCGAAAAGUUGAAGGAGUUUUUGCCAGAGGAUAUAUUCAAGGAAGUCAUCAAAAUUGCUAAGAAUACUACCACCAUCAAGUUUCCAAUUCCACAAGUUAUAGAAGUUGAUCAGUUUGCAUGGAAGACUGAUGAGGAAUUUGCACGAGAAAUGCUUGCAGGGCUUAAUCCAGUGGUAAUUAAACGAUUAGAGUCUUUUCCUCCUGUUGGCAAAGAUGGAAGGCAAAGCUCUAUAUUACCUACUCACAUACAAAAUAAUCUUGAUGGUCUAACCAUCAACCAGGCCAUGGAUCAAAAGAGGAUUUUCAUCUUAGAUCACCAUGAUUACUUGAUGCCUUACUUGAGGAGGAUUAAUAUGCAAGGAGAAUGCAUAUAUGCUUCACGCACCCUUCUAUUAAGAAGAGAUAAUGGCACACUUAAGCCUCUGGUUAUUGAGCUAAGCUCGCCUGAAGAAGAAGGAAUUGGCCUAAAUAAUAGCAGAGUCUUCCUUCCUGCAACUAAUGGCAUCGAUGGUGCAUUAUGGCAACUCGCUAAAACUCACGUCUCCAUUAAUGAUUCUGGAUAUCAUCAACUUAUUAGCCACUGGUUACACACACAUGCUGUUGUUGAGCCAUUUAUAAUUGCAACAAGAAGACAGCUGAGUACAAUGCAUCCUAUUCACAAGCUUCUUGACCCACAUUUCAAGGAUACAAUGCAUAUAAAUUCACUGGCUCGGAGCAUACUUUUGAACGCCGGUGGGAUAUUGGAGAAGACAAUGUUCCCUGCAAAAUUCUCCAUGGAAUUGUCUUCCACCAUCUAUGAGGACUGGAGAUUUGAAGACCAACAACUUCCCUUUGAUCUUCUCAAGAGGGGAAUGGCGGUGUACAACCCUAGCCACCGCGCUGGCAUACAACUCCUUAUAGAAGACUACCCUUACGCCACCGACGGCCUUGACGUUUGGUUCGCAAUUAAUUCCUGGGUCACUGCCUUUUGUUCCCAUUUCUAUGCUUCCGACGCCGAUGUGGUUGAUGACAUCGAGCUCCGAUCCUGGUGGUCUGAAAUCCGGCUCAUCGGCCAUGGCGACCUCCCGAUCGGCUCACUUCGCCCAAACCUCGACUCCCUUCCCGCCCUCAUUCUCUCCCUCACAACUCUAAUCUGGAUCGCUUCUGCCCUCCAUGCCGCUGUCAACUUUGGCCAGUAUGCCUAUGCCGGAUUCCCACCGGCCCGCCCCACCCGCUCGCGCCGGUUCAUUCCUGUCGAAGGCUCGCUCGAGUUCGCCAACCUAGUUCACGACCCAGAUCAAUUUUUCAUGGAAACGAUACCGGACCGGUUCACAGCCACGCUCGGUGUGGCACUCGUUGAGGUACUUUCACGGCAUGCCAGGGAAGAGGUAUAUCUUGGCCGACGAGCGGCGGAGGAAUGGACUGAUGACGUUGAGGUGGUGAGGCUAUUUGCGGAGUUUGGGGAGGAGCUAAGGAAGGUGGAGAAGAGAAUAGAGGAGAGGAAUGGGGAUUUGAGGUUGCUGAACCGGCGUGGACCAAUCGGGUUGGCUUACACUUUAAUGUAUCCGGAUAUAGGCAACGAUGGUUCAAAGGAGAAGGGGAUUACUAGUAAGGGGAUACCGAAUAGUGUAUCUAUAUGACCGCUUAGAUUUAUUUGGACAAUUAUUGUGUUGGUAAUUAAAGUGAUUUAUAAUUUAUGUGUGUUAGCAAUUAAA